ACAGGACGACUUUGUGUUAGGGGGUGUGUCUUACACGGCACUGCCAGCAAAAGAAAGGAGGAGGGGCGUUUCUAUAGGUGGAAGUCAGUCACAAAGCACCACCUCAGGCAUUCUGGUUGGAUGGGCAGGGUGUCAGUCAGUUUCUGCCUGCAGACUACAGUGCAGAGGUGGAGCUGGAACAUAAACAAGCACAUGUUCUUUCCUGGUGAUAUUUAUUCCAUAUUUAGACACUUCAGUAGAGGUGUGAGAUAAUAAUGGCGGCUUUAUCUAUUGCUCUGUGUCGCUUUGGAGGAGUUGGCAGCUCUUUGCUUUCAUGCUACAGUCAGAGAUUGACAGGUACGAGGAAAGUGUUUGUUUCCAAAACCUCUGGGGAAUCUGCGUUGGAGACUGAUCUGGAGUGGGAUGAAGAGGAGCCGAGCGAUAUCACCCGUAAACUUAAAAAUCAGCAGAAGACAAUUCUUUUCCAGCGAAUGAAAAGGCAAAUGGAACCUCGUGGUCCACCAGACAGAAGACUCUCAUGGAAUGCCAUAGAACAGAUCAGGUAUUUGAAGCAAGAGUUCCCUGAAGAGUGGACUGUGCCCAGGCUGGCUGAAGGGUUUAACGUCAGUACUGAAGUCAUAAGAAGAAUUCUUAAAUCAACAUUUUCUCCACCUGAGAGACGGAAAGCAAAACAGGAUUUAAAGGUUUCAAAUGUUUUAAUGCAAACAAAUCCGCAAUCAACAAAGCACCUGUCACAGCCCACCCACACUCUCCUUCCAGAUGCUGUCAACCCAGCCCAAGCACUCAUUCCAAGUGGGCAAAAUAAUAAACUGCUGAGUAACACACAAAAUGCCAAACUUGUUCCUUCUCUACACUCCGUGCCUGGCUCUGGAAACCCUAAAAGCUUAGCACUUAGAUCAGGGAAUGAAGUGGUACAUAAAAAGAAGGCAAAUCUCCAAGUUUUCACCAAGAAGGCACAAGUACAAACACCCAAAUCUCCCAUGUAUGAUGUUUGUCUGACCUCAGAGGAAGGCAACCAAGCAGAGGAGCAACACUUGGCAGAUCAUAAGCCGAUGGAGCUUGAUGAUGAAUGGGAUGGACAGUUGCUUAGUGACGUGGAUCUUGAGGAAUUAUCAAGAAAUGGAACUGAAAACAAAAUGAAAGUUGUACGUAAAGGCAGGGAGUUCUUUGACAGCAAUGGGGAUUUUCUUUAUCGUAUUUGAUACAACAAAUGCAAAACUGGCCAUUUUGUGUAUGCAUGUUGAUAUGAUACAUAUAAUUCUAUUUUUUUUUUUAUUUAGAAACAUGUCUAAACCACAAAAAUAUUAGAUGUAAUUAAAAAAAAUCUUUCUACAAUAUAUGGUGCCUGAUUGCGGAUGCUUCAAAGAAGUGCAAUAUAACAUGUUUGCCACAAAACUAUUAUGAUCUAGCACCACUGAUGUACAUUCUAUCUAUCUAUUCUAGUUUACACCAAAUUCCAGCUUGCUUGGGGAGUAUAUGAUGUGUACUCUAAAAAUUACUUUUUAACAAUAAAUAGAUACAAAUCAUAAGUCACAUUUAAGUUAUAGCUGACUUAAUUAUUAACUGACUCGUAGCUAAAUGGAACAUAAUGCUGCCCUCUUCUGACUGAUCUCCAUAGGCCCUGCUAUGAUCUUAUUAUUAGCCAUGUAACUGAACGAUUGGGUGAGCCCUAUUUGGCCUAGCAUAUGGGUGGCCAAACUGGGUCACCAAAUCAGGAUCUUUUGGUGUAGGUUUAUGUAACUUUGAGGGGAAAAAAAUUAUGUGGUAGUAGCAAUAGAUUAAAAGUAAGGAUGGGCGAAUUAGACCCGUUUUAUUUUGCCAAAUAUCUGCUGCCGACGAAAUGUCGCAGACGCCCAUUAAAGUCUAUGGGUGUCAAAAAAAAUGUUCAUGCGCACCAAAAUGUUUUUUGAAGCGCAUCUUUUUUUUUUUUUUUUGAUGCACAACGCCAUACAAGUCUAUGGGCGUCAUUUCAGUGGCAAAACAAGGAGGAAUAAUUCGCUCAUACCUAAUCAAAAGUACAGGUGUGGAACCUGUUAGCCAGAAUGCUCAGGACCUGGGGCUUUCCGGAUAACGAAUCUUUCCAUAAUUUGGAUCUUCAUACUUAAAGUCUA